UAAGCUUUCAAUAUUCGGGCAGAUUGUUUUUUGCUUGGAGGGGGAAUCACGUUGGCUGUUUUACGAAUGUUAUGCAUGCGUCUCUAACUUGUGUUUCAGGUCGCUUAUUUAAAAGAAUACUUGUUUUUUUCUGGUAAACUGUUGCGAUUUAUGGUCGUUUUCAAAUGUGCAAGAACAUGUCAAAUGUUAGUCUUUCGAAUGGGAGUCCGACGUUGGAAAUGGUGGAUCCGCGUCCGACGAAUCACACGAAGCCCCCGAUUCGCAGAAAUCUUUUCGGACCGGUAGAUCACGACAACUUUAGGAGGGAGUGUUUGGUUCAAAUUAAAGAGAUGGAGAAGGCUUCUAUUGACAAAUGGAAUUAUGAUUUCCAAAACGGCAAGCCCCUUUCCCAGGGAGAUUAUAAAUGGGAACCCAUGAAAAGCAGUGACCUGCCUGACUUUUACAGCAGACCACCUCACAAGCGAGUCUUGUCGUCUGGAAAUGUGGACCAUAACGGGAAUCAUGAUUACCGAGUCCGACCGAGCUGUCUUACGAACGGGGCUGAGCUAUCCGAGGAGACUGAGAGCGAGAGGCAGACGCAUUGUCAUCACUCUCACAACCGGGCAAGGAAAAGACCUGCAAAUCCAGAACCCCAAAGUACUGGUAAAAAGUCACAUUCCAGUGAAGAGGAUGAAGUGGUGUCAAAGUCAGUAGAGCAGAAACGAUUCCAGGACACAUGAACACUAAUACCAAGCGCUGAGAAGUCCUCCUUUUUCAUUGAAUACUGUACUUCAGGACCUUAAGAAGAUAAGAGGGAAAGAAGAGAAGACAGGAUACAAAAUGGCCUGUCUUUAGGAGGGAGAGAGGCUGUGCAAGCACUGAAUAUAUACACUAAAGUUUUGGCACUCAAUUUAAUCUCAUCAAAAGCAGAAAAUGUAGCAGUGUGCAAAAUUGGAUGUUUUUC